GUUUUAUUCAAUAAAUACGAUUAUAAGAUUUUAUUUAAUAAAUAAAAACUUAAUUAUAAUAUCAAACAUAAAAUAAUAAUAAAAUCUGCAACUUUCAUUAAGACAGAACGAAAAGAAAACAAGGUUCAUGAAGAAAGAAAAUUAUGGCGGGAAAAGUUAAGAAGGCGGGCUAUAUGAAAGGUAAACAAUCAACAGGUUAAUUGUACUUUUGAAGUUCGUGUGUUUUCACUGGGGCUAGAAGUAUUAUUAGGGCUGUCUCUUUCUUUUUGCGAAUAAUGUAGUUUUUAUCUUUAAUACACAAAGAGUACCAUUUAAUUUAAUAGUUUGGCAAUUGAGUUAUACAAAAGUAAAAUGGAUCUUACUCCCCUGAAAAGUAUUUCUCUUAGAUCUACUCCCAAAGGAAAAGUUAAUUCAAUGGAUUUAGAUGCAACACCAAAAAAAGUCAGGUUUAGCCUGAAGGGAGAUUACCAAAAGGGCUUGAGUAUCGGUAAAGAAAAUAAAAUUUUUAAAGCUGAAGAUGUUUUGUCAAUGUUGAAUGAUAGCUCUUUAAGUGAGGAUGGUGAGACUUCAUCAGAUGAAGAAUGGAUAGUUACUAAAUCCAAAGCUUUGAGCAUAUCAGAUUCUCCGAUUACAAGAAAUGUUUCAUCGGCCACUGAAUCAACACCAGUCCCGAAUGCUGUUGUAAAAGUAACUCCUUUGAAGUUGUUGCGCAAAGCAGAGUAUGAGGUUAAUAAAGCUCCUUCAUCUAACAAGAAGAAUGCAGUGUCUGUAUCUCCAAUUGUUAUAAAAAGAAAAACUGAUGGAAGAAACACUCCUGAUUCUUCUUCAUUACCAUUGACUCCGUCUUCUAAAUGUAAUGUAUCAAAAUCUUAUAAUGAAAAAGUUUCUCCUUCGCCUGUUAGAAGGUCACUACGAAAAAAGCCUAUUAACCCUAAAUACAACAGUGACACUGAAAAUGAUUGCUCCCCUCCAAAAAGGAGAACUCCUAGAAGGAGGAUAGCAAAAUUAGAAUAUUCACAUGAAAAUGAGAAAAUGGAAGCCGAGGAUUGUUUCGAAAGUACAUCCCAAAAUAAAAGUAGCGAUUCAGAAGACAAUAAACCUUUGGAAGAAAGACUAAUAUCUUCAGAAACUAAUUCUUUAUUUUUGAAAGAAAGUCCUCCUAGUUCUCCUGAUGUGAAGAUAAAACAGCAUACACCAAGGUCUUCAGCUCGAAAGAAGUUGGAACUCACUUCACCUGUUUUACCUAAGACUUCUUCAGAAUGUCAUAGUCCUGUUACUCCAAGGAGAUCUGCUAGAAAGAAAUUGGAGCUUAGUUCACCAGUUAUUACAGAGGUCUGUUAUAAGGAUGACAGCAGCAGUGACCAAACUGAAGAAUUUAAAACACCGAAGAGGAAAAACAAAGUCUUUCGCAAUUCUGUUAUUGAUUCACCAAGUCUCAGAAGGCAAGUACUCACACCUAAACAUUCAGCUAAGAAAAAGCUUGAGAUGACACCGCCAAGGAGUGGAAAGAAAAUACGAUCAGGAUUUUUGUCGCCUGUUGUCAAGGAAAGAACCAAAUGCCAUCUUUCAGGUACUCCAUCUUCACGUCUGGAUUUGGCUAGGGCUAGUCUUCACACAUCUAAUAUUCCUUCAUCCCUUCCAUGCAGGGAAAAAGAAUACAACAAUAUUUUAUCAUUUACUAUUAGGAAAAUCGAAGACAAAGCUGGAGGGUGUAUGUACAUAAGUGGUGUACCUGGUACAGGUAAAACUGCAACUGUUCAUGCUGUAAUCAAAUUAUUACAAGAAAAAGCUGCUAAUGAUGAAAUAUCAGAUUUUGAUUUUGUUGAGGUUAAUGCUCUACGUUUGACUGAACCUAGACAAGCAUACACUCGACUAUGGCAAGAGUUAUCUGGAAAUAAAUGUUCACCAGAGAUGGCUAUGAUAGAACUGGAAAAAAAAUUUAAUAAGAAAUGUAAACGUUCUACUGUUGUACUGGUUGAUGAGCUUGACUAUUUGUGCAAUCGGCGUCAGGAUGUAAUAUAUAAUAUAUUAGAAUGGUCCACGAAAUCAUCUGCUGCUCUCACAGUUAUUACAAUUGCGAAUACAAUGGAUUUGCCAGAAAGAACUCUUAAAGGAAAAGUUACAAGUAGAAUGGGACUUACACGUCUGGUUUUUCAACCCUAUACAUUUCAACAACUCCAGCAAAUUGUUUUGAACCGUAUUGGGUCCAAAUCAAAUUUCCAUGUUGAUGCAAUUCAGUUAGUUGCCAGGAAAGUAGCUGCUGUUAGUGGAGAUGCUCGAAGAGCAUUGGAUAUAUGUCGUCGAGCAAUAGAAAUGAUAUCUUCUGAUACAGAAGUUGUUAAAGUAUCUCACAUUGAGAAAGCUCUCACUCAGAUAUUUACUGGAACCAGGGUUACAGCAAUUAAAAAAUGCAGUGUAAUGAAUCAAUUUUUAUUAAGGGCUAUGAGAGAUGAAUUUCAUAGAACAGGUGUAGAAGAAACAACUGUAGGCCAGGUGUAUCCACAGUUCAAUGCAAUCACCACUCUUGAAGGUUACGAAGUGCCUCCUAUAGGUAUGAUCCUGAACAUGUCUUCUGCUCUUGCUGAUUCUGGUCUUAUUCUGGCUGAAAAAUGCCGUUCUGAUCUCAACAGGAAACUGUCUCUAAAUGUUUCACCUGAUGAUAUACACUACGCACUUUCUUGUUGACAAUUUUAAUUUUUUUUUUCCCCAAAUUGGAAUGUUUAUUGUUUGUCUUAAAAAUAUUCUUAAGAUAAGAGAAUUGUGAUGACUCAAUUUUAAAUAUUUAACUGAACUUCAGUAAUUGUUACAGAUUAGAUUUCUAUUAUGAGUUAUUUUUUUAUGCUUCAAAAGAUGUAAGUGCUUGAGUAAGAAAUUUAUAUUUAUGUAAUGUUUAAUGUUUUUAUAUAUUUCUUUUAUUUGUUUGAAUAAAAAUGUUUAUACAUUUC